AUGUGGUUGAAAUUACUAUCAAGGAGUUCAAUUGAAGAUUUGAUCAAGCCUCAACUUGUUAACGGAAGCUGGAGAAGACCUGCAAUUGGAGGAAAGUAAAAGGCAGACUUGAGAUAAUACUUCUAAAAAGCUGGUGUACCCUGGAUCUACGAGAAGGAAACACCAGAUGUCCACUUUGAAUCAACAUACAAUAGAAAGCCAAAGGGAUCUGCAGUAGAAAGAAACUACGAAGUUAGACUUGCUUCAAUUCGAAGAGCAUUGUCUACUUAGGACGAAAGGCUUGAUAAGAUGAGAUAAGAAAAGAUCCAAAGCAAGCCAUACAAGGGCUAUGAUCGUCUUAUGGCUGGAGUACUAAAGGCUUUGAACCAAGGAGAGGGAGAGCAAAAGAGAGGUAGUGCCAAAUAAUAAAUGCUUGCAUAGAGAGCAGUCGAGCUUGCAGAAAAGAAAUCACUUGGUAUUAAGGGCACUUCAAAGAAAUAGGGAUCUAAAUCUGGAAUUACUUCAAAGGGUGGUCACUUCGGAAAGAAGGAGAGAGAAGUUUUCGAGAUGACCAAAGGCAAUUUAGGCUAUGAAAUGGGAGGAAAGCAUACAUCUGAGGAUGCAAAUGAGGAUAAAAAGACUAAAUGA